UUGGCGGCGGGCCAAAUGGCAGGGACAGUGGAUCAUAAAUUAGUCUGGCGUGGAUGACCUGAAGAGAUGAGUGGAGGGAUAUAAAGAGGAGGAUAGAGAUGUUUUACUGCAGGGGCCUUCAGAAAAUACAGCAGUGUCUGGCAGUUAAACGCUUCGAUCAGCUUUAGCGUUAUACAGUAAGAAUAAUGGCCGCUGUGUCACCUCUGUAUGUCUGGGUAGUCGGCUGGACAUGACACACAUGAGUUUUAUUCUUCCAUGCUGUGAAACCAAAUCGUACAUCAGAAUCGCGCUACACCGAAGGAACUUAGAAUAUUUAUCACCUCAGAUAGCUCGAAGAUUCCUUGAGAUUCAGGGACGAAAGCUUUGAGAGGGAUGGAAGGGAAAGAAAUUAGUAUUGCGUCGAUGAUGGGUGGAGACCAGAUGGUGGUGUGUUGAGGACGGCUGGGAACAGGUGGGGGCAGAAUCUUGAUGAGGCAUUGUGGAAUCUUCCUGUAAUGAAAGAGUGGGAGGAGAGCAGGCAGAAAAGGGGAUUUAGGGCCAGUGGGAUGUGAGGCAAAGGGAUAAGUAAAAACAGAAGUCGGCACAGCAAAGUUGGUAAGAACAUACUGAGGGUUCUAAUCCUUUAAUAUCUUUAAUACAAUGACAUUCAUUUAUGUCCUCUGUUUUGAUCUCUAUCUUUGGACUCAUUUGAACUACUGUAGUAAAUCCUAAUUUGCUCAGUAGAGGACGCCUCGGCCUUUCCAAUGAUCUCUCAAGUGAUUGGGUGGGAUGAGGGAAACUUUGUUCUCAUGUUAACCAUUCUAUCAUGAGUUGCUACUGAGCGGAGUCAUGCCUGGUGUGACAUGCACAACCUCCCCCCUUCUCCCUCCUGGAGGUAAUUGGAGCAGACAGCAGUUGGCCUGACCGGCCUGACUGACAGACAACAACAGUCCAGAGUGACCAAACCAAAACCCAGCGCUGAACACUUCCAGUGAGGAAGUUGAAGAAGUUGGAUUAACCCACCGAGGAUCUGCGUUUUCAGGAGGAGAGGAGUUUGGAUCUGGGGUUUCGCCAUGAAAAGUCAGGAGCUGAUUCUGCUGGCAUGUUGCUUAUGCAGCCUGGGCACAUUAGGAGGUGCUGUUGAAAUGGAGCAGAAUUUGAUGAAGACCAUCUUCACUGGCUACAACCUAAAGGUCCGGCCAGCUCGCAGCCUUGAAGAGAGGGUGGUGGUCCGUGUGGGGAUGGUCCUCUCCUCCUUCGUUGGUCUGAACAUGAAAAAUGAAGAAAUGAGCACAGUUGUUGUCAUGAAUCUGGAAUGGACGGAUUAUCGGUUGUCGUGGAAACCAAAGCAGUUUGAUGGGAUUGAGGUGUUGCGUAUCCCCGCUGUGAAGGUGUGGCUUCCUGACAUUGUCCUCAUCAAUAACAAUGAUGGGGUGCUUAACGUGGCCCUGGAAGUCCAUGUCCAGGUUUAUAGUAACGGUAGGGUCACAUGGACCCCUCCUGCUCUCUACUGCAGCGCCUGUGGAGUCAAGGUAACAUAUUUCCCAUUUGACUGGCAGAAUUGCACCAUGCAGUUCCGCUCCUACACGUAUGACUCGACAGAGAUCGACCUUCAGUACGCGCUGGACUCGAAAGGCAACGAGAUCCGGGAGAUCCAAUUAGACGAGGCGUACAGCGAGGGUGGCGAGUGGACCAUCAGGCAUAAGCCAAGCAGGAAGAACGUGAAUGACGACCUGUACGAGGACAUGACCUUCUACCUGAUCAUCGAGAGGAAGCCUCUGUACUACGUGCUCAACAUCAUCCUCCCCUGCAUUCUCAUCACCAUCAUCGCCAUCUUUAACUUCUACCUGCCUCCCGAUGCAGGUGAGAAGAUGGGCCUGUCCAUCAACGUGCUGCUCACCCUCACUGUGUUCCUCUUGCUGCUGGCUGACAAAAUCCCCGAGACCUCGCUGGGCGUCCCCAUCAUCGUCAACUACAUCAUGUUCACCAUGAUCCUGGUCACCUUCUCCGUCAUUCUCAGCGUGGUCGUGCUCAACCUCCACCACCGCUCGCCCAACACCCACAUGAUGCCCCUGUGGAUGCGCAAGAUCUUCAUCCAUCUGCUGCCUCCUUAUCUGGGCAUGCUGAGGCCAAAAGUGGAGACCCCUCUGUCCCUGGAGGCUGUGCCCCGCCGGGAGAAGAAGAUUUUUGUCAUCAGCAAAGCGGCUGAUGAGUAUUUCAUACGAAAACCCGACACCUCCAUCUUGUUCCCCAAACCCAACAGGUUCCAGCCAGAGGGCAUGUGUACAGAUCUGAGGAAGUUCAUCGAUGGACCCAGUAGCUACCUUACGCUACCGGACGAGCUCAAGUCAGCCAUAGACGCCAUCACGUAUAUCGCUGAGGCUCUGCAGGCCGAGAAGGACUAUGAAGCUCUGAAAGAGGACUGGCAGUAUGUAGCCAUGGUGGUGGACCGCAUGUUCCUCUGGAUCUUCGUCGUCUUCACCACUGUGGGCACCUUGGCCAUCUUCAUCGAUGCCAGUUAUAACCACACGCCCACUGACCCGUUUCCAAAAUCCCCCUGAAGCGUUGGAAGGGCUUGAUUUUUCUUGAACCACCUUGUGCUACCAUUUUCCCCAAGAAACGGGGAAGUUGAGAGACUCUUCCAGUGCAUGUUGAGAAGGCAACAGACUGUCCUGCCAGCGAUACUUGGUGUCAGUGAUACCCUUUGUAAAUCUGAUAAUGUCCCAUGCAACCAUUUCCUUCUGAACUGCAACUGCUUUGUCAAACCAGUUAUUGUACCUUUUCUUAGAUGAUGUGGAUUUUGCAUGGACUUAAAAUAACUAAAACUGCUUUGUACAUGUAAGAACAUUGAUUGUUGCAUGUAACAUAUCAAUCAAGCUAAUGUCAGCAUACUUUACAUGUGUUUGUGUAUGAUAGAAUCGGAGCUACUGGUGUGUUUCAGCAUAUUAGCUUCAUUAGGACUCUAAAUCUGAAGUGUGGAUCCAACACAUAAACACCAAGACAAACCAGAUGCUAUAAUGAGCAUGCUUGUAUGCCUUUCAUUUCCCUGUGUCAGAAUGUGCCAGAGUGUGGCACAUGCUCUGCGGAUAUUUCUGCGGCCCCGGUAAUCCUCUUUGUAUGUGCGCAUGGAAGGCUAUUCUUAUGUCUGCGUGCGAAGUGGCACGUCAAUUCACCAGCUGCACCAAUAGCCGUUGGAAUUGGCGCCGUAUAGAAAGCGCGUGGCCCUCGAUGUGGCACUCGCUCGCGGACGCACUCCACGCGUCCUCUUUGUGAUUUUUACAUGAUACAAACACACAUCUGCCCUUUUAAUCUUGUGCUUUCAUUUUGUUUGUGUCUUUUAAAUAAAGAUCUGAG